GCUUUAUACCGUUGGUGUUUUAGACUCAAAUGUGACCUUCCUAAGCAUUCAAUUUUUGCGCGCUUCGAUGCAAAGAAGCUUUACUCGAAUGAAUCAUAUACAAUGGCGAUCAGACAAAACAAGAAUAACUAAUUCAUUGAGCCAAACAAUGACACGACAACGUCACCAGGGUAUUCACUUAAACACUUAUUAUAGAUUUAACUGUGGAUUAAAUUUUAAGUGAACGUUCACGAUGCUGAGGGUAGCUUCACUAUCAAAACACGCUAACACAGAUGCCAAACCGGAAAACGAGAAAGCAAGUUUGGACAAGAAGAGAAGAGGGAGGAUGGCAUCCUUACCGACCAGCUCUUUGUUUGGUUCUCAUGGAAGAGACGAAAAAGCAUUGAAAAAUACCUACACGUCUCAAGCUGUGAAGGAAUACAGGCAAAGAAGAGCCUUGCACCAUCGACGGCUUAGACACGGUCAUGAUAAAGACAAGGGCACGACAGAUAACGAGCCUGAAAAACUCAAGCCCCUUGAACAGUUCCGUCGUAUUGUCCGUCUGGUGAUCGUUCUGAGGCGGGCGUUCACAAACAUUGUGUUGUACGCGCGCGAGAAAGGCAACUACGAACAGGUCAACUCCGAGACCACGCUAAGCCUCAAGAGUACUGCGGGCGCCAAGGCUGUGGACAAUUUGCUGUUUGAUCCGGCUCUUUACAAAUGCUCCUAUCAGAUCACGCUCCCAAACUGGGCACGCUUGCUCACAAGCAAACCUCCGAGCUUGCGCACUGAUGCGGAAAUCAAAAUGCUUGUCAGACUGACGCGACAGUUGAAGGGCUUCCGAAAAUACAGUCCCCAAAUCCAAUUCGCGCUGUGCCGGGCACUCCGAUAUGACAGCUUUGCUCGCAGUCGUGUAGUUAUUCGGAAGGGGCACGUGGCGCAGAGGUUCUACUUCAUCUAUAGCGGGAGCGUAUGCGUGACGUUUGAUGAUGACGAGUACAGCGCCUUCGUCAAGCCAACCGAAAACACAGUGCUACACAGGGGGGACUUCUUCGGUGAGCUUGCGUUUCUAAGAAACAUCCCACGAUCAGCAACCAUAGUGUGUCUUGAACCCACCGAGCUUUUAUCGAUUGAUAAGGUGGAUUUCUUCACUGCUAAGAUCGACAAGAGCUUCAAAAGAGACAUGGAGAGGAGAGUGGACUUCCUCAGUAACCACCCCUUGUUCUCGUCGUGGCCCAUCCCUGUGGUGCGUGAGCUUGCCGAAGUGAGCCGUAUUCACGAGUAUUGCACGGAGGAGGUUAUUGUCCGAGACUCCACUAAUUCCAGCUGGCUUGUCAUGGUUAUCAAGGGUGAAUGCGAUAUUGUUAGACUGGUGGAUCUUAGCAGUUGCUCCGAAUAUGUCUCUCACUGCAGCAAGCACCAGCCCAUCGGAGAAUCCGACCCAAGGCAGGCCACGCCCUUGCACGCCCCAACUCCCCGCUUAGACAUGUCUAGAAGCGGUAUCGGACAAUCGCGGUCCGAGAUGGGCCUCCACACAAGCAAACAACCACAGAAACAAACCAAAACAAGGACUAAAUCAGCCGUGAAGUUUAUGGGCGAGACACAUAAGGCGCCCGUGAUAAAGGGGUCAGUGAUUACCCCAGGAAGGGCCCACGUGACGCAUACCGGAAGUGACGUAGAUCAAGGUUUAGGGGUCGGUGUGUUUAUGGUCCUUGACAGACUUAGGACGGGAUCGUGCUUUGGUGGGUGGUCUGUGAUUCAACAAGAGGAGCUCAAGAACCGCCGCAACAGAUUAUACUCCGCCAAACAGAGGCGCGUCACUCUACUCAGCAGAGGCUGUGAGGUGGUUAAAGUGUCCAAGGAAGGUUUUAUAAAGUACGCAGACGCCGAGACGUACAAGACACUGCGUCAGAUGGCACGUGACUACCCCAGCGACAACAAGCUCUGCCACACAUACCUCAAACACAGCGACUGGCGGACGUACAGGGAAGGACUUGUAGAGAAUUUAGUACUAGGAAAGAUGUCACGGCAGGAUGCCGCCAAGGGGGUAUGGAGGACGUUUAACACGUGCGUCUCACCCGUACCACCACCUCUCUGCUCGCUGAAGCCAUGGCACCCGGCCCAGGCUGCCUGGGGGCGCGGUCAACGCCGCACAGCGAUGACGUCACGAAUGAUGUCAUCAAGAAUAGAGGAGUCGCUUGUCGUCGAAGACACUCACCUAACGCCACAGUCAUUGACGGGUAAAACCAGUCCCUGUUCAACCCCACCCCAGCGGGCUAGCUCCAGGGCCACGCCCAUUGAAGGUAAUCAUCCCAGCAGACCUCCAUCGACAGCGCCACGAUUCCCUCCGCCCAGGAACGUCCUACCUCAGGCUCACAACGAACUGGUGCUCGCCCAGGGGUCCCAUAGAGCGCUGGUGCUGACACAAGGGGGCGCAAGAAUCAAUGAGGUGCAGAGAGAAGUAGAGAAGAGGAUUGUGGGUAUGCAACAUCCGGCUACCUGCGAUUCGGUGUGCGUCGGGUAAAGGCGCAUUCAUCGAGCUGUGUCUCGAUAUUAAAAGGAGAUGCUUUAUCGUCAAUAAAUAUAUUUGUUUACCAUCUUUGAAAUUUGCAAUUCAAAACAUUGUUGGUGGAAUUGCAAUUCGUGGGAUUCAAUUCGUAUUGCAAUUCGAGUUAACAGAAUUUAUAUCAUUGUAAAAUAACAAAGAAUCGAACCUUAUUGUA